AGAUACGGCUCACCAACGGGCCCAAAAAAAGUCACGCAGCGGGCCCAGGCGGUGCCAGGGACGGGUGGAGAUCCUCUACAACGGCUCCUGGGGGACGGUCUGCGAUGACGACUGGGACAUUGUGGAUGCCAACGUGGUGUGUCGCCAGCUGGGCUGCGGCCACGCCAUCACCCUCCCUGCCGCCAUGACCUUCGGCCAAGGGAGCGGACCCAUCUUCCUGGACAACGUGGACUGCAAGGGCUGGGAGGCAGCCUUGAGCGAGUGCUGGAGCCAUGGCUGGGGCAUCCACAACGGUAAUCACAUGAGGCACUAUGAGGACGUGGCUGUCGUAUGCAACGAGCUCUCGCCCACGCAAGGCAGCGAAGGACCGACAAGCAGGACCCUCACAGCCUCGGUACAGGAUGGGGAAAGUGAUGGCAGCAUCCGUCUGGUGAGCGGGACCGACACCUGCCGAGGCCGGGUGGAGAUCUUCUACCGCGGGAACUGGGGCACCGUCUGUGACGACGACUGGGGCCUGAGCGAUGCCAGCGUGGUGUGCAAGCAGGUGGGCUGCGGCCAAGCCCUGGAUUACAAGAGCAACGCCUAUUUCGGCUACGGCACGGGACGUAUCCUCCUGGACAACGUCAACUGUGAUGGCAGCGAGCCCUUCCUCUCCGCCUGCUACAGCCUCGGCUGGGGCAUCCCCAUCCAUAACUGCGGCCACCACGAGGACGCUGGGGUCAUCUGUACAGGGCUGGACACCUCCACCAUCACGUCCUUCACCACCUCGGUGGCCCUGGACUAUGAAGAGACGCUCACUGCCACGGCCACAGUGACAGACGGCAGGGACCAGCCUUCCCAGGCCACCGAGGUGGCCACCACCGCCCUCCUUACCGUCGAGCAGGAAA